AUGACAGCGGUCGCGACCCGCCUGCGCCAGGCAAUGCGGCAUAAUCUGCGUACGCUCAAGUCGCGACCACUCCUAGAACUUUCGGGCGCGAUGGGCACACUAGGCGUAUUCCUCCCCUCUUUCGCAACGAUGGUGGGCAACCGCUCGACCCACCUCUCCUCAACACUCCUGUUCACUGGCUUAUUCAACAUCAUAUUAGGCGCAUUCUUCGGUCUUCCCAUACCCGUCCUGCCGAUGGGUUCAGCAACCAUCCGAUGGUACUCACACCUAGAAGACACGAUGUUUCUCUCCCUCGGAGUCUCCAUCUACCUCUCCAUCCUCAGCGCGACCGGCUUUCUACGCUGGCUGAAUCGCAUCACCCCCAUACCCGUCGUCAAGGGCGUACAAAUCAGCACCGGACUCCUAAUCAUACUCUCCGCAGGCGAACACCUGUUGCAACCGCUUCAUUGGGACGUAUACUGGCCUGAGACGUCCGUCGUGGAUAACCUGUACUGGGUUCUCGCGGCUUUUGUGGCGCUCAUCGCGUGCGAACGAGCGCCGCGCGUGCCAUACGCGUUGAUCGUGGUAGCCCUUGGCCUCGUCCUUGCAAUAGGAAACAGCCCGCUAUAUGAGCCACCGUACCGUGGCAAACCUCUAUCUGGGAUGUUCCCAAUCAUCAUCCCACUCUGGAUCAAAAUCGAUCAUAUCCUCUUCGACAAUGCCCUGUCCGAACUUCCACGGACAAUCCUCACCUCCAUAAUCGCAACCUCACACCUCGCAGAAGACCUCCUCCCAGACUUGAACCCAUCCACAUCUACAUCCGCACCGACCGCGACACAACUUGGCGUAUCCAUCACAGCGAUGAACUUGCUCGGAUGCUGGUUCGGCGCGAUGCCUACGAAUCUCGGCGUUCAAGGUCUCGCGGCGCAGUACCGCUUCGGCGCGAGGACCGGUGCUGCGAAUAUCAUCCUUGGCGUUUCAAGCCUGGUUCUGGGCGUCGUGGCCCUGUUCAGCGGCCGAGACGUGUCCUACCUGCUGGCGUGCAUACCGAAGGCCUUUUUGGGCGUUAUGGCGGUAGCAGUGGGCGUCCAUCUGGUCAAGACAGCCGAAACUCUGAACACGAGCGCGCGAGAUCUCUGGGCACACGAUGACGAUGCCAGUGCGAGGCCCGAAGCCGGUGGGACUAAUAGGAAGCUGCGCGAGGUUGGCGAGCAAGAACAGCGCGAGCGAUGGGCGCUCGUGCUCGUUACUGUCGCUGGAUCGCUGGCGUUCAGGAGCGAGACCACGGGAUUCGUUGUUGGGAUGUUGUGGCGCUGGGGCUCGAAGGCGCAGAUACGCUUACCUCGGUGGUGGACCAGACGUACUACUACGCGCGAUUCGGAGGAGACGCGGGGGUUACUCGACUCUGAAGUAUCGCAUGAGGACCGGCAGUGA